AAAAAAAUAGAAUGUAAUGAAAUGUAAUUUAAUGGGAAUCAAACAAGGGCUUAGGUUGAUUUCGAAAAAUUCAGGAAAUUUCGUCAUUCUAGUCUUAUUCAGGAAUGGAAAAAAUUAGCAUCCCUACUCGAAAAAUUUGCCCAAUGUGAGGCUUACCCUCGUUUAAAUCAUGCUCAUGGAUUAAAAAUUCAUAGCAAACGUUUCAGAUACUAUCAUUUGCCUCGUUUGAUAGAUAUAAGUAUUCUUGAAGUUCAUCCAACACUCAAAAGUUCUUUAAUUUUCUCAAAAUGAAAUCAUUUGAACGGGCCGGAGGCCAUUUCAGGAGCCAAAUUCAAAAAUACCGGCCUGAACCAGAUAGGGUUUGUCUAGGCCCAAUUCAUGUUUACUCUUAUAAACCCUAACCCUAAUUAUUCAUCUGCGCCAUUUCGCGGCUGUUCUAUCUCACCAAGCAGAAUAAUCAGCCUCUGGAAGAAUUUGAUUGAAACUAAAGAAAAUGAGUAAAGGAGUAGCAGGCGGCGCUGUGAAGGGAGGGAAGAAGAAGGCGUCGACGUUCGUGAUUGACUGCUCAAAGCCGGUGGAGGAUAAGAUCAUGGACAUUGCUUCAUUGGAAAAGUUCCUCCAAGAACGCAUCAAGGUCGGCGGCAAGCCCGGUGCCCUCGGUGACUCCGUUACUGUCACCCGCGAUAAGAACAAGAUUACCGUCGUUGCCAACGAGACCAGCUUUUCCAAGCGGUACUUGAAGUAUUUGACGAAGAAAUAUCUGAAGAAGAACAAUGUGCGUGAUUGGCUGCGUGUGAUUGCUUCUAACAAGGAUAGAAAUAUUUAUGAGCUGAGGUACUUCAACAUUGCCGAGAAUGAGGUUGAGGACGAAGAGUAAUGGAAGAAAACUUAUUAUUUAUAUUUCCCAAGUGGAUUUUUGUUUUGCCUAAUGUUGCCUGUGUUGGACAUAAGUUUCAACUUUGUUUUCGGAUCAAAGGGUUUACAUGUUUGCUAUUCUUAUUUGAAAUGAAAAAUAGCAUGUGCUAUAUAAUGAAGUUAACUAUCAGCUCGGGCCAUGUUUGUGGUUGAUGAGAUUGUUAUCACGCGAAUGGUUAUGAUUUGCUUGUGGAUUCUUGCUA